CCCAACUUCACUUCAACAGGUACAUAGAUUUUUUUCGAAAAGCACAGAAGGCUGUUUUACUGUAGACUGCUGUUUUAAGUAUAUUUAAAAACGGCGUUACAAGAUUCCCUAAUGCAUAGUAAUUAUCCAAUAAUGCCAUCUAAGUUAAGGAAAAAAUAUAUAAAGAAACAAGACAAAGAGUUCAUGCGGACGAACGUCGGUAAAGACAGGAAAUGUGCUAGUUACCAGCCUACAAUUCAAUUAUCAAGCAAAUACAAUGGUACUGGAAUAGAAAGGCUUGUCGAAGGUCUCGUCAGAUUAUCUUUCGUUCGCACUCCUCACGUCAAACUACUUGCACUUUUAAGAACGGAAGAGUUUGUUUACUUCAAAGCAGGCAUGGAUGACAUAAAAACGAAAACGUCAAAAACCAAAGCUCAUAACCGGAUGUUUGAUGACGUAUUUGAUCACGUGAACCAGUUCAGUCGUUACCAGGCCCUGGUGUACCACGGUGUGAGCGCAUUGUGUAUAUUCCCAAUGUCACUACCGUACUCGAAUGUCCUGUGGGCGAUGGGAAUCCCAGAAUACCACUGCAAAGACGCUAACACGACGUGCCUUCCCAAUGAGUGCUGUGACAACUGUACGUCGUACGCUUACGAUGGGCCCUUCUUCAGCACUGCGUCCGAGUGGAACUUGAUCUGCGAGAAAGCUCCCAUUUCCGCUGCCGUUCAGAUGACAAUGUUCGUAGGAAUGCUUUUCACAUCUAUCGUCGUUGGACCUCUUUCGGAUCGAUUUGGUCGUAAGAUCUGCAUCUUCGCCUCUAUGGCAGUUCUGGUAACCUUUUUUUUUAACUCAGAUCCUUCAUUCUCUUCUCCCGUCUUUUUUCAAGAUAACCCAGUGAAACAUGCUUCGAUCAUAUUAAGAUAGUUUAUUUCAAAUGUGUCAACUUUAUUGUGAUAGAUAGAUAGAUAGAUAGAUAGAUAGAUAGAUAGAUAGAUAGAUAGAUAGAUAGAUAGAUAGAUAGAUAGAUAGAUAGAUAGAUAGAUAGGUAGGUAGAUAGAUAGAUUUUAUUCAUGGCACCUUAUAAAGCAUUUACAUCGGCGUAAAUCCACAAAUAAUAUGUUUUUCUUACUUUGCCUUUUGCAUUUUUUUCUUGUUUCGAAUGAUUAGGUGACGUCACCGUACGUCGUCAUCAAGCUUCACAUUUCUUGCCUUCAUAUAUUCAAAAAUAUGUUUCGCUAAGCGCCGAUUCGCGUUUUCAUUCCGGCUCAAUCCCAUAAUUCUGACGAAGUUAUUUUCUUUGCUGGCAUGGUGUCUAACAUUGAUACCUGCAUGCGUUUUAAGGAAAUCCAGUAAAUUAUCCCGAUCAUCUUUAUAGGCCGGACAUUCUAACAGAAAAUGCUCUUCAUCCUCCACUUUACCUGUCUGGCAUACUAAGCAUUUUCUUUCGUUAGGUUUUUUAUAUGGCUUUUCAUACCUUCCAGUUUCAAUUGCUAGCUAAUGAUUGCUUAGCCUGAAUUUAGUAAGGGCUAUCCUAUGGUCAAUAUUUUUUACGUCCGUUAGAUAAUCUUCUAAAUUGUGGGACAGUUUAAACUUUCUGAGCGUACGCAAUUUGUUCUUUUGGGCUUGGUCUUUUCUGCUGUCAUUUUGAAUAGAGCUAAGCCAUGUCUGUUGUUCAAUGUCAUAAAGCCUUUGUUGAAGAAAACUGUAAGUUGCUUCGGGAGUGUUUGUGUCAGUCAGCCAAAUAUCGCUCCUACCCGCAAGGUCUAGUAUUUGUUUAAUUUUUCUAUGCCAAAAGUUCUUGUUUUCAUAAUUAGAUAUGGUAGCGAA